CGCUUUCAGUCAGACAGAGUAGUAAGUACGGGAGUUCGGGAGGAUCGCGCGUUCGAAAAGCGCGCCUCGAGAAGCCAGUAACGAUAGAUAUAAAAGAAAAGCUUGAGUGACAGUGAAAAAAAUUGUGAAAAAUUUCGGAGUGAAUUUUCUAGUCUUUCGAAUGAAACGAUUGAUUCGAUGUGAUAUUAUGUAAGGAUGAGUAAUAUUGUAAAUAAAAAAAUCGUGCAAUCUACCUUAUCGACAGGACACUCGGUCGCAUUUUGAAUGGUAACUUUCUUGAAAAUACCAUGUGACACUCUUGUGGACUAAAUUUGAAGAUUGUUUCACGGGCCCGUACAGGGCAAUCGCGACUAUAUCCAACGAAGACACUGAAGCUACAGGGAGAUAUAUACGUGAAUAUAGUAAACUGGUUCGUGAUUCUCGGCACGACGUUACCUUCGCCCAGGAGGGUUGGAAACUCAGUGCGGGACACGUGUACCAAUCGGAACUAUCGUGAUACCGGCGAAUUACACAUACUAGAACUGAAAGAAGACAGCAAGGGACAAAGGAGUCGUGAGGCACAGGUGCUGGCAACAUAGAAAGUAAAAGAGAAAGGAGACAACAAAGCCUGAAGAAGAAAAAAACCAUCACUAAUUGUCGAGUGAAGUGCUGGAAACGCAACAGUGAUAUAAAUUCAAAGGACAAUGUAAAUCGUGUACAAAGGAUAUUUUGAUCGGAUAAUAAAAACGAUACAGCAACAACGACAAAGAACUAUGGUAAAAGUAAAAAAAAUAAAUUGAAAGAUUUAAAACUGUCGCUUUAAAGAAAUGACAUACAAAAUAAUAUAUAAUAUAAAUAAAAUAAAGAGGAACUUGAAAAAUCGUUGAAAGCACAGUGUAAAAUAGAAAAACUUUUCUAUCUUGUCCAAUGUCGUCAUCGGGUUUGAAAUUACCGUUAAAUAGCGGCCAUGUUGAAAACAUGGCGGCACGAUGCGCGCGCAUCUUGAUUAUACACGUUUUACAUAGAAGCCUAAGAGACCUCGUAAAAUUCGAGGCCUAAAAUGUCAAUGAAACGAUUGGCGGUACUUGCUGCGUUGCAAACGCCACAGUACUCGCAUAACAAUAAUAGUUUAACCGGUGGCAGUUACGCUAUUCAGGAAUCCAACAUGUCCAACAGCGACGGUGGCGCCGGGAGAGCGGGCCGUUACGAAACUGAUUUACACGGCAAUGUCAACAUACUUCUUGGUGGAGCUAUGCUAAGUGGAGUUGUAAUGGUGGUGGUACUGGUCUGCUAUUGCUGUCAUAGAAACAUACGUAAACAUCGUCCACAGGAAUAUUCCCAGUAUUGGCGUGCAGAGCCGGAUGUACACAGUCUGGAAGUCUUCACUAUGGAAUCGCAUGCUAUGUAUUACGACAGAAGCACCACGAUGAACAUUGACAGCGAAAGCACGUUGACAGCUAUGCCACGACCAGUGACACCUGGUCCUCCGCCAGCUUACGAGAGUCUUGUAUUUAAGUCUCAAAGUUUGCCUUCGCCGAGUGAGAAAAAGGAGUGCGUGGGUACACCAGGCAACGUACUUCCGGUACCAAUUGAACCGGAAGUCCGUUACGGAGGAACGAAGAUGAACGACAGUGGCCGAAGGGACGACGAAGGUCUACCGUCUUACGAAGCAGCUCUUAAGCUGGAGGCUAAUGGAUAUGUUUAAUGAAGGGAUGAAUCGUUGGGACGUGGGAUGAUAAAUUUUAUAAUUUAUUAAUCGUCGUAAGUCAUUGGGAUGUCAAUUGUCUGAGACGUUAAAUAAUUCUGUAUGACGUAUAUGAAUUUUCAUCAGGUAUUGGCGAUGAGAGAAACCGAAGAUCGGACGAAGUUUUAAAAAAAGCGGUUGUCGCGAAUUUUGUUGUUGGGUAAUAAUUGUGAGCUGAUUCUAUGGAGACACGUCAAUGGCUGUAGAGCUGAGUAGAGCUGCUUUAACAAAAGUCGAAUGAAAGAAAAUGUGAAUAGAGUUUCGGGUUUGUUCGGUAGUAAUUUGUAGACUGGGUCAAUUUGGAAAUGACGAAUUGUGUAAUUGUAUCUAGUGAUUUUUAUUUUAAUAUUAGAGAAGAAAUGAGGUUGGAUUUAAAUUAGCAUUUAAAAAUGACGAGGAUACUCCGCGUAGUUGUAUUAUUUGAAAGGAGAUUAAUAUAUCUUUAAGACUAAUGGGGUAGAAGAUUAAUAGGGUAACGUUUUUUGUCCUAUUUUGGAAAUACGUUUCCGAAGAGAGGAUUGUGAUGACGUUCGACGUCUAUGACUUCGAGAUGCUGAUUCGUGAAUGCCUAUUAGUCGAGUAAUAAAUGAUUAAUAAUGUGGUGACUCGAGUGGCCGUGAUAGAAUUAUAUUUUGUAUGCUUUUAGUCGAAGUGCAGAUAUGUGCACGAGAAAGCAAAUGAAGCCAGUAAAUGAUUAGCCUGAUACCGAUCAAAUGUAUAAAGGAACAUAACCACUUGGACGUGUAUUCAAUAUUUGUCAAUGUUACAUUAAACAUUUUCAAUACAGUGUACAGAGAAUGCUAUGAAUUUCAUACUGAGUGUAACAAGUGCUUAAAAUUUUAAUGAAUAUGUAACAAAAAGAAAUUAAUUCACGAAGAGUCAGGUUCGACAAAGUAUAUGCUAGGUCACUGACGGUAGUUCACUUGUCAAAAUAUACGUACGCUAAUGGUAAUAGUUCGUACAGAUUUCUACCUUACCUUCGCGACUUCACCGGCGCGCUUUAUCACGGAUACAAGAAAAGAAACAAUGGAAACUAGUGCAAAGCAUGCAGUUAGGUGUGUUUCCACUGGAAUAUACGGUAGUGAAAUACAUGUAUAUCUGUAUAUUAAUAAACUAUGAGUACGCAUUUAAAGUACUUCGAUAUCGGUGGCAGUCUAGUCAAUUCCUGUUAUUUAAAACAGUAUUACCAUACGUCGGUACAGAAGUACACACGUCGAUAAAAUCGCUUCCUAGCUUGACAUUUGACAGGUAAAUGACCUAAUAAAGAAUUCUAAUAACUAUAAAGAAAAAAUUAUAACAUUUUUCACCGGAUGCAAGGCAUAGCCUGGCAUGAUCUCCAUUGUCAAAUUUGUCAACGUUCAUCGAACGUGAUGUGCAUCGAUUGUAUUAGCGCAAACCAGCAUCUUAAACCUUGGAGAAAAAGAAGCACUUGUAUCGGGGUCGUAGACUUUCGUCAAAUAGACAUAAUAGGAGCUGCCCGCGUCACGAAAGUGAAAAACCUUAAAAGCAUCAAUGACAAAAACAAUUAGUUCGUCGCACUUUGAGAAAAAAAUGUUAAUUAAUUCCUCACUGAGUCACAAGGUGUGUUCUAAAACUUACUGAGGACAAAGAUAGUUACGUCUCUCUAGAUACUACAAAGGUAGUACGUCUCUUUCGGACACGUGUAGAUGAAUAAAGACACAGUGCCGAUCGCUGUAGCUACUGACAGUACAUUUCGGAACAUAACCAACCUACACAGACUCGAGCUACACCCAAUCCAGUUCUGCCACUUCGAUCUUACGUAAUCGAACGAAAGAGUGUAGAGUCCUCAACGAGGACAACAACUAAAGUAACUUAGACGACAGUACUGAAUCAGCACGACCACAUAAUUCCCGACAAUUACACUUAAUUAUCAGGCACUGGAGUAGCGAUUACGACUGGCCUCUAUGGAAUAGUCAUGGCUACAGUACGGUACAAAGAAGCUCUAUACAAAAUUAGCCAUGGUAAAAAAAUAUAUAAAAAAUUAAGAAAAAAAUUAUUUACCAAAUCAAUUGCAAAUGGCGUUUAACAAAGCUAAACUAUUCCUGUGCCAGCCUAGUACGCCGAGUGUAUGGUUAGAUACUUGACCAAAAACAUUUUGUGAAAAAGAUAAUUGUAAUUUUUCCUCCCUCCAGCUAGAGGUAAGUUUUCACUAUGCAGCGAGUCUUGACUUGGACUCGAGUCGCUCUACUUGCUAAGUCAGCCGAGACUGUUUAAAAAGAACCCGUGAAUAAGUAGAACAGAGAACCCACUCUUAAAUGGAUUAAUAUAAUACGUACAGACUGCAUAAAGAAUUAAGUUCAAUAUAUUUUUUUGGACUGUGUGUAGUGGUAACAAUAUAUAUCUGAAAUAUAUAUUUUUAAAUAUACAAUUUCCAUGCGACGCCACGUGCUACUUGUUAGUACAAGAAACGGAAAACCUGUCUCCCUGAAUAGGUAAAUAUAGAUAAAAUAUUAUGUAGAAUGUUAUAUUAUGUUACGUAGAAUAAAAAUGGCUAACGUUACGUACGACCAAAUGAUGCAAUUCUUCACUUGGGAAUAAAUUUUUUUUUAAAUCAUACAGCUCCGAUUCGAUUCUAUGAAUUAGUGUACUAGGUCAAGUUAGUAACGACUGUUUUUAUUCCAGGAUCCAGCUCGGUUGGUAACGUUAAUCUGUACUGAUAACAUAAUAUAGUGAAGGUUCUAUCGUGACAGCAAGCUUAUUCGUGAUUAAAUUUUAACGCGGUACAAUCGAUCAUGGGAUAUCAAAAUACCCCAGUGUCCUAUUUUCGUAUCUCACUUAAGUAUCGACACAGAUAAUAAUCUUGUGUCUAUUCAGAACACUAGUCAUUAGUAAAUUGGACGACAUAAUAAAUGAGUGGAAUGGACUUUUGACUAAGGCUGUAAUAGAAAGACUAAAAAUAUAUCUGAACCUAUUGAGAAGUUUGAUGUAGGAAAAUUGGAUCUGGGGUAUUUGAAUACCCCCCUGUGACUAAAGCUGUUUUUAAAAGUGCAGAUUACUACUGUCGGUUUAAUAAAUAUAAAAAAAUCAUUUUUAACAUCCAGUCUGAAUGUCUUCACUGGGUCGCAUAUAAUUUGAUCGUGUUACAACUGUAAUCUUAUCACUGAUAAUGGAUAUCACCAUAAUUUUGCAUCCUGAAAAUGGAGAACUGAUAAAUUAUAUUAUUAUGAUAUACGCCAACAUUAGUUUUACAUGAGGUGAGGAUUUCAUUUCAAAAAUUGAUAACUACAGUCGGUUCACAAAUGUGACAAAUGUGACUGUGAAUGUUUCUGUCAUAUUCGUUAUAGGAUUCCUAUAUCUUUCAUAGCGUUGCUCCAAUGUAACAUUUAUUUGACAAAAGAUUUUCAAAAUUUCUUUUUCAUAGCUGAUAAUAUUAAAUCAUGUAACCGUGCGCUAAAAUAUAUGUAACACAAUACAAUGCAUUAUACAUUACAGGUUUCUGUUUAUCGUAAAUAUGUCAUGUUUCAUUACAAGACUGAUAUACGAUUUGUAGACUUACGUAUGUACCUUGUAACGUGACAAAACGAUUACCCUCUCAGUACUCCUGUACUGAGAGCGCACCCGUUACAAAGGGACGACAAGGACACGCGGCUAGUAUAAACACGCGCCGAUAGAUGGAGAACGUCUCCCAAAAGUCAAAACAAGGAAAGUUAGUAUUAGCGGUUAGUAUCAGCGUUAGAUUAGCGCUUCUCGCUAAUCAAUAUCGGAUUACAAGGCGUUAAGUAACAACUCGCAUCGCUGGAGGGAAUGGAAGUCAGUCAAAAAUCCGAAUUAGUAGAAAGGAUACGCAAAAUUCGAAUCGACGAAGUGUAAGUUCAUCGGGAAGAAUAUCGCGAAAGCACGGCAUAUUCCGCGUAAAGAGAAAUCCGUCAAAUAGCGCAUAUUCGCGUCAGAAAACUCAGCGUAAAUAAUCUUGUCGAAGGGCUACGGAUUUUUAGUAUUCGCUAUUCCGAGUAGACCGCAACGUAGAGAAUUUGUCAAAGUUCUGAGGAGACCACCGUGAUCUACCUUAGAAACUUUAGUUAUCGCCAUUUUGUUCAAUCUAUUAUCCGCGCCGUUAGUAGUUGCGUCGCACACAGUGCCAUAGCCAAUAGAUAGGCAAAGCGCCACUAGCGCUAUAGAACCAACACCGGCAGAUCCUCUGUACCUCACAUAAAGGUCAGAGAGAGAUAGGGAUAAAAAACAAACAUAGGCCGAUUCCUAGACAAUCCUGUUUCCUACGAUACCGACAACUGAUUUCGACUGAGUAAUUGACACCGAUUAUAAAACUUCUGUACCGAUUAUCGAGUAUUUAAUAAAAUUUUGCUAUUUUAUUUUACUUUA